CUGCACCUUACUUGUACACCUCACCACCUCAUCCUGGGCCAGCGUCAUCAUGGCACUGCCAGCACAGCAUCACCUGCCGGGAGAUGAAACUGAUGACGACUUGUCGGAUGCGCAGAUCCAGCAGCUGCUGGACGAGGCCGAGAGGAGCCUUCGUGCGAGACAGGAGCAGCUGAGGAUCGAGACGUCCUUCCGACUUCCCAAGCUCAACCCAGGUGCCAUUGCAGAGACGUCCCUCAAGACGAAGGGAUCAAUUACGCGUGUCGAUCCCUCGAAGCUCAUUCCCCAGCAGCAGCGGGUGCUAGCCGAGGGAGUCAAGAAGAUCGAGGACCCCAUCCAGGUGAAGAAGCAGAAACUCGAGGAGAAGAAGGCGACUGCUGGAGCCGACUGGUUCAACCUCCCCAAGACGGACCUCACCCCAGAGUUGCGAAGAGACCUGCAGCUUCUCAAGAUGCGCAACGUCUUAGACCCUCAUCGCCACUUCAAGAAGAUGGAUUCAAAGUCCGAUGUACCGGCAUUCUCACAAGUUGGUACCAUCAUCGAAGGCCCCACCGAGUACUAUAACGCUCGCAUCAACAACAAAGACCGCAAGAAGACCUUUGUGGAGGAGGUGUUGGCUCAGGAGGCGCAGACUGGACGCUUCCAGAAGAAGUCGCUCGAAAUCCAAAAAGCCAAGAGCAGUGGAAAGAAGGGUUUCUAUAAGGCGCUACAGGCGAAGCGGAAGGGCCGCGUGGGGAAACGCUGAUAAAAAGCUAUGCGCAGGUAUUGUGCUACCCCACCGACACUGGUGUCUCCGUGUUCUGCAGCAGUCCGUAUUCGCCCAAGCCAUGCUGCUGGCUGUCGGAUGCAGCCUUGUAUGCAGCAAUGCCUGUCCUCUGUUCCUCACAACUCUACCCGCAGUUGUUUGCCUGGAACUAGAGCUCAGCAUAGUCGCAGAGGAUCUGCUUGACAAGGGCCUGCAUGUCCUUUGCGGCUUCUCUACCGGCUUCCAGGACCUCCUCGUGGUUCGCCUUCCCCUUGCUCAGGAAUGCGGUCAACUCAUCCUUGCUCAUGGCUUGGACGGCUUCAUCGUCGCCCCGUGGGCCGGCUUCCAACACGGCGCAAUUUGUCACCAGACUAAAUGCCAGUACACGCAUUCCUGAAUGCCUCGCUACCACGAUUUCCGGUACCGUGGACAUUCCCACUACGUCUGCUCCAAAGGAACGCAGCAUUCGGCAUUCCGCCCGGGUUUCGUAG